ACAUCCACACACGCCACGCGCCCACACGCAUACGCAUACGUACAUGCAUAGGAAAGCGUUUCAUCAAAAUUGUGCCUUUUCUUUUCGUUGUUGUUAUCGAAUAUCGAUCAAAAUAUACAUACAUACAUGCAUAUACCUAUACGGGAACCAGUGCAGUUAUAGUCCGCACACAAGCACACACGCACACACACACACUCCCAAGCAUAUUGUGGCCCUCUGCCCAUUCACUGCCCUCCAAAGUAGGCAAUGGAUUCUUCAAUGGUAUUUGCCCCUUAAAAGUAGGCAAUGGUUUUUGCCGAUAGUCAAGCAAACUUCGCGACGCGUCUUAGCCUUAAAUGAAAUGCAAUUUGGUUGGUUUUUGCUUCGUUUGUGUGUGUCGUUCACAUCGGGUGGGGUGGGAUGGGGUGGGGUGGGGUUACCUUCAACAGAGAGAAACGUAGAAGAUCGAACGGGGCUGCAGGCGCGUAAAACAUGCAGGACAUCAUAUGCACACAGACACACACACGCAACAACACGAGUACAGCAACAACCAAUACAUACAUAUGUACAAUACUCCAGAGACAUCCAUCACAGAGAGCGUGAGAGAGAGAGAGAGACGAGACCCGACUAGAAGGGCCGCUAAUGUGACAAAAGCUAUCAUUAUGUACUAUCGUAUGUCAAAUGUAACUUGUUCAUCAGCAGAUGAAAUUACUCGACCCCCACACCCCUCACACACACCCACAAACAAACCAAAAAGAAACAAAACAAAAGAAAAAAAACACCCAUGAAAUAAACCGAAAUUAAUCUACGUAAUAUCAUACAGUAUCUAACUUUAUUUGUCGACUCUGGGGCACAAACUAAUAUUCAACAGAGAACGGAAACAAAAACGUUUCCAGAAGGCAUUGGAUCUGCAGUCAGUUUUUAGCCUUCAAGUUCAGUAGACAAUUCGGCUCCACCACACAUCAAAUCAAAUCAAAAACAACAAAACAAAAUUGUCAGCAAACAAAACUCAAUUUUUUCGAAAAAAGUGCAAAAUUUUCGGUUGAACUUUGAAACAAAUUAUUUGCAAAUAUGGCCACAAAGACUCUGAAGCUGGGACUGUUCAGUCAGAUUCAGCGAUCGUUUGGAUCGAGGCGCAUUCGACACUUCCACAAAUUCGCCUUGAAGCCCGACCGCCCGACCCCAGAGCGAUCCAACAACGAUGGACCCUUGCAGCGGGUUCUCAGGCAGAUCCAGAAGAGGCCAAGACCGGCCUAUCAUGCAGGACGGGAGAGCAAGCCCGAGGCGAAAGCGAAGCCACUUGCCCCACGCGCAACGGCAUCAAACCACUCCAUAACGCCCUGUGUGCCACAAAUACUGAGAAGUGCAUCGAAGACAAUGCUCGCUGCAUCGCGGGUGCCAGCAAGCGAGCGUUCAAUCAGGCAGCGGCAGCGGCAGCAACAGCAACAGCAACAGCGAGAGGCGCCACGGGCCAGCGACUCUUCAACCACAUUGUGUGCGGCCCCGUCCACAAUUGCCCUGCGCACGUGCUCCUCCACCAUGCGGCGAGUUGUGACUACGCUGAAUGCCGGCGACAUGCAGGCCACACGCGCGAAGCUCAUGCGCAAGCUGCGCAGAAAGGAGCAGCGCCAGAGCGUGCCCCUCGAGAGCUCAGUGAGUGCCAUUCGCAUAAACAUACCGGAAAAUGCCGGCAAGAGGUCCUACCGUCGCAUUCGAGUGCAGUCGUCCAGACCGCAGCUGAACGUCGAUCGUUCUCCGAGCAACGUCAAGCUCUUUGGCUCGAACAGUCAGCCGUCGGUCAAGGCGUCCCAAUCGAGGACGUUCUCGGUUAAGCCACCGCCACCACCACCGUCAGCGCCAGCGCCAGCGCCAGCAAAGCGCUUUCAAAAGGAUCUGGCCGGCGAGCCAGGUGUGGAUGUGAAGUCAGCAGUCGAGUGGUUCGAGAGGAUCGACAACAAAAAUAUCAAACUGGACAAUAACACCCGACAGCAGCUAACCGCCAGGAAGCCAGCCAAGAGGAGUGCAUCGGGCAGCGGGCCAAGUCCCCUGAAGAAGGUGCCUUCCACGGAGAGACGCGUCCAAAACAUAACCGUUCGGGCACCCAAGCAUUCCAGAUCCAUAUCGCUGUACAGUGUGAACCCAAACAGGCAAUCAACCUCCGGACUGUCUUCCGAGGCCAGCGAGCGUUCUGCUCCCUUCGGGCCCUGGCUGCGAACGGCUUCGCAAAUGGAGGGCAAAGCCAAAGAUGAUGGCAAGAAAACACAGCACAAGCCCGCCAGCCUGCUGCUCAAGUUGCUCUCAAAAAAACCCAAUGAAGCUGAACCUGAGCCUAAGCCUGAGUCCAAGCUGCGCCGCAAUCAAGCUGCAAAUGUACAAAAAUGCAGGGAGAGGCCUGCGUGCAAUUACGAAAAGAAUACGAGUGAAGCAACAUGUCUGGCAAUGCCGCACAGACACAGCCCUGGGGAUCUGUUGAUCGAAGGAAGUCGUGCGAAUGAUCCCCUUGGAUCGGCCAAACUGCCUGCCAACGGCAACGGACUGGAUGCGACUGAGUCCGGCUAUCAGAUGACGGUCAAAACCUUUGUCGAUUACUCCUACCUAACACGCGAGGGGCUGUCAAAGCUAUUCCGCCCGAAUGUCUCACCCAAUGCGGAUGGCCUGGCCACGCGGCUCGGCAACGGUUGGAAAAAAUAUCAAAAUACGGCUGCGGAGCAACUGGCAAACCUGCAAGAAGAACAGGAACACGAACACGAACAUGUGCGACCCAAGCUGCAAGAUACUCCUGCAAUAUUUGCGAAAGUCUAUCUGCAGAACGAGGGCAAAGGGCAGUCCCCACUGCGGAUGGAGGAAGAAGCUGCCUUUGAGUCGGAAGCUCAGACGAAUCUAGCAACAGUCAGCAACGGCAGCCAGGAUCCGCAUAUGAAUAUGGCAGAGUUUUUCAGUCCUAGCACACACGAGCAACAGGACUCAGUGCAGACCGAACCGAUGAAGAUGCCCACCAAGGAAUUGCCCGGCAAGGACGCCUUUCAGCAUGACACUCAAGCAGAAUUUGAGCUGGCAGAAUGUCUCGAAAUAGAAUCAAACACGCCGCAGAUUGAGCAAGGAAUUGCUGCCGAUAAAGUGGCCACUGCCCUCGAGCAAGAUUCUUCUGCCGCUGUGGCAGUUCCACCGCUGCCUGCCGCAGAGGAAGCCAAGCCACAGGAGACGCUGGAGUCAAUGGCUGAUACCCAUGCCGAUGCCAAUGCCAAUGCCGAUGCCGAUGCCGAUGCCUCUGUAUACUUUGUCACCUACCGCUCAAAGUUGCCUGGCAAUCGCAUGAAACUCUUUGAUGCUGCUGAAAAAACACCAAACAAAGUCUGGUCGAAGGUGGCUGCAAACGAGGCUGAGCAAGGCGCCAAUCAGCCCUGCUAUAACAUGGAAGUCCGAUCCACGCUCAGAGCGAACGUGGAGGAUAAUGUUGAAUCCGAAACCCACCAACACAACUAAGCUUUAACCCUACUCAGCUGACCACUGGAUAUGCUGAAGAAACCCAAGAGCAGUUGUCCUUCAUUACAAUAUUUAGAAAUUAAUUGUCAGUCUGUGGAUUGAAACCGAACAGCAAGGAUCCGUCCUGCUUGGAGCACAAAUUUUGCCAUUGUACACAUAAAACUGCCAUUGAUGUGCAUUUUAAUGCUGCUGCACUUUUGGGCAUUUAAUACUCAAAAAAUAAAAAGAAUACAAUAGAAAAGA